AUGUAUAUGAAGCUUUUCACUAUUCUUUUGUUUACUGCGUUGUCUCUUGUUCUCUCUGCGAUAGCCGUACCACUGUCCAGAGCCAAAGGCUUUUCCCAUGAUGGGGUGAUUCACUUCAUCAGAGACAAUCGGACCUUGAUCUCUAUCAUUGUACAAGUUCUCUCGACUUUGCUUGCUCUCAGCCAGACUUAUGUCGUCACAUCCCUCAUUGGACUAGCCACCAAUGCCAGGCUACUCCACAGAAACCCACCCAGACUCGACACAUUGAAGCUUCUACAGGCCAUAACGGCCAAGUCUCCAAUCUUUGAGAAGGGUAGCAAGAAGGCAUCAUUGAUCUCUGUGGUUUGUCUGCUACUCCUCCAGCUCCCUGCUGCACUCUGGGCCGGCUCAAUCACACCGACCAUCAAUGAGCUUACAGAGAAAACGAUGGUUGAAGUUCCUGACUUUGAUCAAGCGACGUCCAAAUACUGGGCAUCUCGAUGUGCUCCUGCUCAGCCUUGCGACGAACUCUUGGGAGGGACCCAAGACUUGGGCACUUUUUCCUAUGUGAACUGGAAAGCAAGGACAGGUCUGUUGGCCAAUUCCGUCUCGCAAGCCUCUUCGCGGAAUUUGUCUACACCAGUUUACCAAAAACUUGACGGCACGGGCUACUUUUAUCACGGCCGAUCAUACGGGGUUGGCUCGGCUAUUGGACUGUUGCAGCCUAUGUACUCGGGUGAUCAGAAUGCUAUCAUCCGCAGAUAUUCAUUCGUCGAGGACGGAUACUAUGCCAACGUUUCUUGUCACUACAAUAGAUCCAGCCAAUUGUCGUUUGCCAAGUCAGACAGGGUGAGCACGCCCGACGGGAUCUACGGUCCUCAAGGAUACUGGGUUCAUGGCUCACUUCCCAACGGCGAAUGGGCAGGCUUCCCCACCUGGGGAGUCUUGUAUGAGGGUUUCACUGCAUCAAUAGCAGCUGUCAACAACCAGUCGCGUUACAUGUACGGGUUCUUAGCUGGCGAUGCUUACUCCAUGUUGAACCAGACCCAGUGCGAGGUCUGGUUCACACCGUCACGCUUCAAUGUCAGCGUUGAUAUGGAUGCAAAGAACAUAUCAGUCACUUUGUCCCAACACAAGGCAUUGGAUAUUGAUCCAAGUAGAGCCUUGGUCAACAUAUCAUUUCAUGGAGUUGGGUAUCUAUCGCAGACAUUGACGACCCUGUAUACGUCCGUCCUUGGUGAUUCCUUCCGUCGCAACGUCGAAAAUGUACAGAGCAGGGCCCAGCGUAAAGAGGUCACCGAUCAAGAUGUCGUUGAAGCGGUCGAAGAUGGUCUUCGGCUUUUGCUUGACCAUUUUCUUGAGGGGAGCGGAGCCGCUCAGGUAAUGCUACUGCGAAAGACUAAACCCAUGAGUGGUACAAUUACGAUCCAAGUCUUCCGUAUAGGAGUUUUCUGGUCCGCAUUGUCGUUGUUGUUUAUUUCCACACUUAUUGCAGCCGCUGCGAUGAUGUUAUAUUACAAAUACGGCCUCUGGAGUAAGAUAUGGUCUGAUGCAGAAUGCGAUUUCAUGGACUUCAAGUCAGCGAUUCUGGGUUCACUCAAAGGAUCAAGGUCUGAAAUAGAGCUUGUCAAGGCGUGGAAUGGCCAAUCUGAGGACAGACAAGUCGGUGAAUUGCGGGUGCAGGCCAACAGGGAACACUUAACCUUAACUGUAGGGCUACAAACCGGCAAUUACAUCCACUUAUCAGACCUAAGUAUUUAA